AUGACGAAAUGUCGGCUUCGUCAUCUUAUAGUCGUCACAGCCUCCAUGCUAGCCUGCGUCUGGUACUUCCUUGGUGGUGAACUCAGAGCAAUUGCAGACCAGUAUAAUGUCCGAGGCUAUCUCAAAGACUCCUUUGACUCGACCAAGCAGCCUAUCAGACCGACGAAUGCCGUAGCCGUUGGCGACAAGGUCAUUGUCAUGGCCGCUCUGGAGGAGGAAGACACCCGUUGGGUCCAGGAAUACCUCCCUGAGUAUGAGACCCUCAUCCCCCACUGGCAACGGGCAAUCUACACUGUUAAUCCAUCGCCGGAGACCCUCAAAGACCCAAACCAUCUCUCCACACCAACGAACAAAGGCCAUGAAGCUAUGGCAUACCUCACGUAUGUCAUAGAACACUACCACUCUCUCCCGUCUAUCGUCGCCUUCCUACACUCUCACCGUAACGGCUUCGUCAAGGCAUGGCACGUCGACGCCCCGCUGCACGAUAACGCUAUGGCGAUGCAAUCUUUGCAAACAAACUAUAUCAGAGAGAACGGCUACGUUAACCUACGAUGUAUGCGGAACUUGGGUUGCGCAUCGCCCGGCCGACACCCACUCAUAACGCCCGAAGUGUGGGACCAGCUCUUCAACGGAACGACGCAGGGGAAACGUACCGCCACUACCACCGAGGGCGACGACAAGGGUGUUAUUCGCUCAGUCGUACCGGUGCCGGAAAUAGUAAUGGUUGCAUGCUGUGCGCAGUUUGCUGUAUCGAGGGAACAGGUCCGGUUGCGGCCGUUAGAGGAUUACGUGCAUUUCAGGCAGUGGCUGUUUGAUACCUCACUCAAUGAUGCUACCAGCGGUCGUGUAUUCGAGUAUCUCUGGCAUAUAAUCUUUGGCAAGAAUGCUGUAUACUGCCCGGAGGAGGAUACCUGCUACUGCAAAAUGGAAUGCUUAAUCUCCAGCGGCAAAUCCCGGAUCCCUUCUAAUAAGCUGUUCAUGGGGAAUGUUCUCAUCACCGGCAGCUGA